AAAACACUCAACAUUAAUACACUGAAAUUUUAUUCUCUUAGUACAUAUACUUCUACUAUUCAUCAAUUUGGUACAACUGAUUCAUACAGUACACAAAUUGUUAAGUGUUUACUUUAUAAUACACUCUCUAUACUUAUCUUGAUUGUGUAUCUUCACAGGGGGAGUCUCAGUAUAGGAGACUCAAACACAUGUAUGCUAGAACAAACAAGUAAGACACUAUAA